AUGGCGAUGAUUUCUCUUCCUCUAGUUCUCUUGCUGAUUUCAAACAUUUACUCUCAUACUGCAGAAAGACCGACACCUCAAUUGUCUGUUUGGCCUGAUGAUCAUGUAUUCAGAGGAGAAACUGUCAAUCUCAGAUGUGUCAUCAAUGGAGGAAGAUGCAGGAGGUGGCAGUACAGCUGGUAUAAAGAUGAUUCAAUCAUCCAGCGAAAUAAACUUCAGCAUUACACAAUCAGAUCUGUUACUGAGUCUGACGCAGGUGAAUACACCUGUAGAGGAACAAAGACCAGGGGAUCACGAUACUCACGCAUCAGUAAUGCAGUUACACUGACAGUAUCAGGAUCAAAACCAAAACCUGAUCUCACCUCAGAUACUGAAGGAUCUGUACUGACAGGUAACACAGUGACUCUGAAGUGUCGCAUUGAUCAUUGGUCUACUGGAUGGAAGUUUUACUGGUACAAAAACACACAAAACACUGAGAAGAUGACAACAGAAACAAACUCUUACACAAUCAACUGUGUUAAAGAUUCAGAUGGAGGUCAGUACUGGUGUAGAGCUGGAAGAGGAAACCCAGACUAUUACACAGACUAUAGUGAUGGACUGUGGAUAAAUGUUACAGAGAGUCCAAAACCUGUAGUGAGUGUUAAUCCUGACAAACAGCUGUUCAGAGGAGAAACUGUUACUCUGAGAUGUGACAUACAGGAUACAGGAGACACUGAGUGGACAUACAUCUGGACUGUAGAGAAGAGAAAUAACAGAAAUAUAAUCACACAAUGCAACACACAAGAGUGUAAAAUCAACAACAUUCAACAGACUGACAGUGGUAAAUACACCUGUAGAGGAAAGAGUGUAAAUGAACAAUACACUGAGAUGAGUGAUGCUGUUACACUGACUGUAUCAUCAGAUAAACCCAAGCCAGUUUUAAGUGUUUCUCCAGACCGGUGGUUGACUGAAGGAGAUUCAGUGACUCUGAUGUGUGAGGUUAUAAAUUCAUCUACAGGCUGGACAUUCAGCUGGUUCACUGAACAGAAGAAAGGCGACUAUCAGCUUGUGUCAGACAGCAUUCGAGGAUCUAAAGGCAACUAUACUCUGAGUUCAGUGACUGUGAAGCACAACGGAGUUUAUGCUUGCAGAGCAGAGAGAGGAGAUCCAGUCUAUCACACAAAGUACAGUAACACAAAGCCACUGUGGAUCACUGGUGUUUCUCCUUCAGUCUCUCUGACCAUCAGCUCCAACAGAUCUCAACACUUCUCAUCUGAAUCUCUCUCUCUGAGCUGUGAGGAUCACAGUAAAUCUACUGGAUGGACAGUGAGAAGAUACACAAACACAUUGGGAACUUGUUCAUCAUCAAUCUUUGGAUCAGAACCAGGAUCUACAUGUACAAUCAGAUCUCUCUACACAUCUGAUACUGGAGUGUACUGGUGUCAGUCUGAAUCUGGAGAGAAACUUCAUCAUGUUAAUAUCUCAGUUCAUGAUGUUGAUGUGAUUCUGGACAGUCCUGUUCAUCCUGUGACUGAAGGAGAUAAUCUGACUCUGUGCUGUUUAUAUCGAGAUAAAAAACCCUCUAAACUGAAAGCUGAAUUUUAUAAAGAUGGAUCAUUGGUGCAGAAUCAGACUACAGGAGACAUGAUGAUCAUCCCUACAGUCUCAAAGUCACAUGAGGGUUUCUACUACUGUAAACACCCAGAGAGAGGAGCGUCUCCAAAGAGCUGGAUCUCAGUCACAGGAGGGGCUCAGGAGAUAUUUGAUCGCAGCAUACUGAUCAUUUGUCUGCUGGCAGUUUGCUUAUUUCCUUAG